GACACCGGAGCCGCGCGUGUGCGGUGUGCGUGGCCGAGCAGUGGCCGAGGAGACGAGACGAGGCAGCAGCGGCAGAGGGCCGAACGCCAGCGCCACCAAGGACAUGUCAGGCAUGUCGACGCCGGGGAGUGAGGAACGCCCCUCGCGGGGGCGGCACGGCACUGUGGCGAGUGACUCGUCCGCGCUGACCACCAGCACCGGCACCUGCUCGGCCACCUUCAGCGAGGACAGCGGCAGUGGCCUCAGGAGCAGCAGCGACGCCGACGACGAGACCUCGCCCCGCCUCGAGCUGCUGCACCGGAGGCCGUCCGAGGUGCGGCGCGUCGGCGAGCCCGAGUGGAGCCCGCUGCUGGCCAAGACCCUGCCCGGCCUGCCCCACUCCGAGGCCGUGCAGCCCUCCAAGGCCACCGAGGCUUGCCGAAGGAAAGGCAAGGCAGUCCUAGACGACGACGACGAUGACCGCGGUAUUCGGAAAUCCGGCCUAUCUGGUCUGUUCAGGUACGCCACUCGGCGGGACAAGAUGCUCAUGCUGGUGGGCCUGCUGUUCGCGGCGGUGCACGGGGCGUCAUUCCCCGUGCUGGCGCUCGUCUUCGGACAGAUGACCAACACCUUCAUUCUGCAGUCCACUGCUACUUCUGUCAACAAAAAGAACAAUGAGUCAGCUCUUAAUGGUGAGAUGUUUGGUGAAACUACACCCUCAUCAACUAUGAUCAACCCUGAUCCAAAUACCACCAGUGUGCCUGACAUCAACGAACUGUGGAGAAGUGGAGGUCUCUCGCCAGCUGAAUUCACAGCUUAUAUGUCUCAAUUUUCACUGUAUUACCUUUAUAUUGGUAUAGGUGUCCUUACUGCAGCUUUUAUUCAGACACUUUGCUGGGAGUUGGCUUGUGAGGGUCAGGUCCAUACUUUGCGUAAAAUAUUUUAUGCUCAAGUGCUUCGUCAAGAUAUCAGCUGGUAUGAUCAAAAUGAAGAGAAUGACCUGACAUCCAAGCUUGCUGAUGAUUUAGAGAGGGUUCGUGAAGGCAUAGGAAGUAAAUUCAGCAUGGUCAUUCAGUACAUCGCCACCUUCAUAUCUGGCCUGGCAGUGGGCUUGGUGGCUAAUUGGCGGCUCACUGUUGUCAUUCUGGGUGUGGGCCCCCUGCUCAUUGGCACGUCAGGCUUCCUCGCAAGGGUGGCUGCAUCAUCAGCUGCUCGAGAGCAGAUGAAAUACGCUAUUGCUGGUGGCAUUGCGGAUGAAGUAUUGAACUGUAUACGAACUGUGGCUGCAUUUGGGGCUCAAGAUAGAGAAGCAAAGAGGUAUGAGAAUGCUUUGGAAAAAGGCCGAUGGAUGGCUAUGAAAAAAUAUUAUUACUUAGCAGUUGGCCUAGGUGUUGUCUUUUUUGUGACCUAUGCUUCUUAUGGCUUGGCAUUCUGGUAUGGGUCACAGCUGAUUGGAGCUGGUGUGGUGACUCCAGGCAGUGUCUUCACAGUAUUUUUCAGUGUCAUGGCUGGAGCUUUUUCUCUUGGCAAUGCUCUUCCCUUUAUAAAUGCUGUGAGCACUGCUAUUGGUGCAGCAUCUAAUGUUUUUAAUAUUAUCGAUAGAGUGCCCAAUAUUGAUCCAUAUGACACAAGAGGAUUGAAGGUUCACAAAGUGAAAGGUCACAUUGAAUUCAAAAAAGUUGGUUUCACUUAUCCAGCAAGACCAGAAGUACAGAUUUUGAAAGACUUUACUCUUUUGAUUGAGCCUGGGAAGACAGUUGCUCUUGUUGGACCCAGUGGUGCAGGAAAGAGCACUGUGGUGGGAUUGCUUCUUCGAUUUUAUGAUGUAACUCUUGGCCAGGUUCUGGUGGAUGGAGUUGACAUAAAGGACCUUAAUCUUUCCUGGUUGAGGUCUCAGAUUGGAGUGGUAUCUCAAGAGCCUGUUCUUUUUGGAACAACUAUUUAUGAAAAUAUACGCUAUGGUAGAGACGAUGUGUCAAAAGCAGAAAUUGUCCAAGCAGCUCUCAUUGCCAAUGCCCACAGUUUCAUCUCUAGUCUACCAGAUGGCUAUGACACCAUGGUUGGUGAUCGGGGAGCUCAAUUGUCAGGAGGCCAGAAGCAAAGAAUUGCAAUUGCCCGAGCUUUAGUGAGAAACCCUAAGUUGCUCUUGCUUGAUGAAGCCACAUCUGCUCUGGAUGCUCAAAGUGAGGGUGUGGUACAGGCUGCCUUGGACAACGCCAUGCAAGGGAGGACAACCAUCAUCAUCGCUCACAGAUUGUCGACUGUGAGAAAUGCUGAUUUCAUUUAUGCUAUGAAGGAUGGAGCUAUUGAAGAAUAUGGAACACAUGCAGAUUUGAUGUCCAAGGAGGGGCUUUAUCAUCAUCUUGUAAUGACUCAACUGGGUGAGAAAGAAUCUGUUCGAAAUGACUACUCUUCUGGUGGAGAAGCUUUAGGAGCCGCAACUGAGUCAUGUGAUGGAACUCAAACACCAACCAGGGAAAAAAGAUACAACAAGCGAAGGUCUCUUUCCUUGUCAUUGGCAUCCUUGGAGGACCCUGAGCUUGACAGACUUGCCAAGGAAGCAGAUGAGACUGAAGUUAGUGAAGAUGUGAGUGUCAGACGCUUGUUUCAACUAAAUUCUCCAGAGUGGAUGUGGUUGUUGCUUGGAUUUAUUGGAUGUGCUCUCACUGGUUCCAUCAUGCCUGUAUUUGCAUUUUUUUAUGGAGAAGUUUUUGCUACUUUUACUUUGAGAGGAGAAGCGCUCGAAAAAGCAGCUCUUUUCUGGACGUACAUGUUCUUAGUUCUUGCAGUUGUAUCUGGCUUGAGCUUUUGGCUCCAGCUUGUGGCUAUGACAACUGCGGCAGAGAAGCUUGUGAUGCGAAUGAGGCUGCUGGCCUUCAAAAAUAUUUGUUACCAGGCGGUCGGAUGGUUUGACUUAGACAGCUCCUCAGCUGGAAGGCUUACUAAUCGUCUAGCUCGUGAUGCACCCCUUGUCAAAGCAGCAGCAGGCUUGAGAGCAGGGCAGGUAAUUGGUGCAUUUGUAACUCUCUUUGCUGCACUUCUCAUUGCCUUUUUGUUUGGAUGGAAAUUGGCUCUGCUACUUGUAGUAGCUGUCCCUUUCAUAGCGGGAGCAUCAUACCAACAAAUGAUGAUUCUAAGAAGAAAUCAGCGAAGAGAUGCCGAACUCAUGAACGAGGCUGCAAGAGUCGCAUCAGAGAGCGUUUCAAAUAUUAGAACUGUACAAGCUCUUGGAAAAGAACGCUUAUUCUUUGAAUUGUAUUUGGGAUACCUGAGUGCUCCAUUUGCUGAGGCGAAGAAACAAGCAUACAUAUACUCCAUAGUUUUUGCCCUUUCACAAGCUGUAAUCUACAUGAUGUAUGCUGGAGCAUUCCGAUUUGGUGCAUACCUGAUUGAAAUUGGAGAUAUGGCACCAACUGAUGUGUAUAGAGUUUUCUUCGCACUGGCUUUCUGUGCUGCUUCUGUCGGACAAACGUCAGCGUAUCUGCAAGACUAUGCCAAAGCUAAGCUGGCUUCUUCUUUGAUGUUUCAAUUGAUUGAUAGGAAGCCAGAUAUUGAUUGCUCUCCUACAACUGGAAUAAGACCAGUCAUCUCUGGCAAAGUUACUUUCAAAGACGUUCGGUUCCACUACCCCUCUCGACCUGAUGUCCCAGUGCUACGUGGAUUGUCUGUCUCUGUGGAUCCUGGUCAGACACUCGCUCUGGUUGGCUCUUCCGGUUGUGGUAAAAGCACAACUGUCUCUCUUCUGGAACGAUUCUAUGACCCCUCCUCAGGAUCAGUAAUGGUUGAUGACAUUGAUAUCCGUACCAUUAAUCUUCCUCAUCUUCGUUCUCACAUUGGGCUAGUCACGCAAGAGCCUGUAUUGUUUGACUGUUCAAUAAGACACAAUAUUGCAUAUGGGAAAGCCUUUACUUUAACUUCAGGCUCCAAGUCCGCUCAGGCGGACCAGCUUGACACUGUACCUAUGCAUGAAAUUAUUGAAGCUGCCAAGGCAGCAAAUAUCCACAACUUUGUCACUAGCUUGCCUCAGGGAUAUGAGACCAUGGCUGGUGAUCGUGGGACGCAACUGUCAGGAGGCCAAAAACAGCGUAUUGCUAUUGCACGUGCUCUUCUGCGUGAUCCCAAAAUACUCUUACUUGAUGAAGCAACAUCUGCUUUGGAUACAGAUAGUGAAAAGGUUGUCCAAGACGCUCUAGAUCGUGCUAGAAAAGGACGCACGUGCAUCACGAUUGCUCAUCGUCUGUCAACUGUGCAAAACGCAGAUUGCAUUGCUGUUAUACACAAUGGUCGAGUUGCUGAAAUUGGGACUCAUGAAGAAUUAAAAGCACGUCACGGAAGAUAUUAUCAACUCAUUAAACGCCAAAGAUUGUAAUGUAAUGUGUUAAAUUAAGUUGGAAACCAUACUUUUAUUAAAUUUAAAGAAUCACAAUAAUGUUGCAGUAUUAAAA